CCUCUCCAGCUUUGAGGAGCUCAUCAGUCAGGACUGCACACAGCUAGAGUGGAGGAGCGGGAGAAGCGGAGAGAAAACGCUGAUGCUGGCUGGUGAGGAUGUACUGGCAGACAAGAAAAACUCCCCAUGACUACAGCUAGGUUUGCAGUGGAAUGGAUGGAGUGACGAAGCUGCUUGAGCCAUGAAAGCAGGAGCUGACAUGAAGAUUGCUGGGAAGAUUGCGUGUGUCUCUCUUCUGCUCAUCAUUACCAAGCUCAAGGGAACAGUGGGGAACAACAAGAAGUCAGCAGCAGUGGGUGACAGCUUUGCACUGAUAUGCUCUAAUAAAUCAGAUGUAAUUAUGGUAACCUGGAAAAUAAGCCCCAAGACUGGAGGCCACUGCACCUUGGGAUACAGGGCUGAUCUGAACCAGACAAACAGAACAAACUGCACUGAGAACAUGAGCUGGAAAUCGAGACCAGAUCGCGACCCUACCCUUCAGAUACAGCCAGUGGGAAGGGCCAGUGAGGGAAAUUACAUCUGCGAGAUGGCCACCAGGGAGGGGAAUUUCCACCAGACCUACCACCUGACUGUGCUAGUCCCCCCUGAGCUGACCGUGUACUGUGACAGCCGUGGGAACCCUGUGUGCAAGGCAGUGGCAGGGAAGCCGGCUGCUCAGAUCUGGUGGGUCCCAGCGAGCAGCUCCAGGCCUGAGGAGGAAGACCAUGGUGACGAGACAGUGACCAUUCUCAGCACGUUCACGGGAAAUGGCACCGAUGUGAAUAGUGCAACCUGCUUUGUGUCCCACCCAGCUAUGAGCUACAACCAGUCCAUAGCCUGCCCCUCAAAGGACUUUACUCCAUAUAUCUCCAUCAUUCCUGGUUUCCUGAGCAUUGUCAUCUUCAUCGCUCUCAUUUACUAUUUUAAGCUCCAUGGUGGCAGACUGUGCCACAAAAGCAAACCUCCUGAGACUGCUCCCACACAUUCCUUACCGGUAAGGAGAGUGAUACAGCUUAGACCAUCACCAAAUCAGGGAUCUUCUAGUAGCCCUGAAAACAUGGAUGACAUCACGGAGGUGGAACCUUAUACUACUUAUGUGCAGAAAGAAAAUGUAAUUUACAACUCAGUGUCUGAUCUGACAGUGGAGCAGAAUCUUCCACGAGGACUAUUACCAGUCACAUGAGUGAUUCAACAACACUGGAAAGGAGGAGAGACAUUUUAUAAAAGACUGGCCAUAGGAAGAAACUUCUCAGAGGAUUUCUUCAGAUUUUAGGGCAAGACAGACCACCAGAUCUCUUCAAAUAUCUGUGCUUGUUGAUGAGUCUGUAUAGUUCUUUUUUUUUUUCCUGUUUUUGCACCUCUUAAAGUGGUGCUGGGAAAAUUUGACUGACCUCAUGCCAUGGUUUUUGCUGGAAAAGCUCCUGUGACCAGUCUUCCCUUUGGCAUUUUUACCUCAGGAAUCCUAGUUUUGUCAGUCACUUCUAGGCAUUACUUUGAUACACUUGACACUAUAUUGCACGUAUUUGGGAGAUGGGAGGAGUGUUAAGUCUGAGCUAAAAUGAAACACCCUCCAACCAACACCAACUUUGUUCUAAUUUAUAAGUUACUAACAUAAUAGCUCUGAAUAUUAAUCAUCACAGAAUAGCUCAACUGGCAGAAGUUAUCAAUAGGAAAGACCUUUAACAGCCUGAUUUUGAAAAUGGAAAUAAGUGAUGAAUUUACAAGGUCAUCCACUAGAAAAGAGACUUCACUGGCAUGUUGAAUUAACCUCUUAGGUUCAUAUUCAGUAUUUCCACUAAAAGUCUUCAUUCCAUAUUUCACAUUAUUUUUAUGAUUACUUUUCCUUGGGAUUCUCCAAGGAGGGGUAUUACUUUCUGUUUUGGAGUACUGGCAUUAGUAUAUUGUACAAGAAUUAUAUUAAUCAAAUCCAGUAAGCUCUUUCUAACAGAAACUAACACCAAAUAUGUCACAAAAAGAAAAAAGUUCAUAUAUAUCCUCUAUAACUGUGCAAUAAUGUACAAAAGGGAUAAAAUGCAUGCUAAUUCUAGUCAUAUUUAUUGUAACUACUGCAGCUGAAGAUAUUUUCAUUCAUAUGUCUAGAUCUUUUCUUCACUCGUAAUAUAGUCUUGUAAAUAUACUUUCAAGUUCACUUUGUUGUAUGCAAAAUACCUUAUAUAUCUCAAUGUGUCACCUGUUAAGGCGACUUCUUCUCACCUUCCCAAAAUGUCUUUUGGGAGUAAGUCAAAUGAAUGAAAUUGUCCGCAAUAUACUAAAGGCUCUUAAACUUUUGGGUUGAUUACUUACUAGCUGAUGCGUGAACUGACUCUCCAGUAAGAGUAGAGAUGCAUUUGUAAAUCUCUGUUUACUACCUUUUGCUUCAGUAUUUUAAAAGAUUGACAGAGUACUUGAUCUGAUGGUAGGAUCACAACAACUGGAUUUUUCCUUUAGACAGUAGAAAUGUCUUUGCCACACAUUCCUCCAGAUCUCUUUUGAGAUAGCCCCUGAAGGCCAUGAUCCAGUGCUUGGAAAACACACUUUUAAAUUUAUUACAGUUCUUAAACAUAUUACUCAACUAAACCAAUACAAAUAGUUAAGUAUCUCAUGCUACCGACUAUGAAAUAGCCACUUCUGACUAGGUGGUCUCUGCAUGCAGGUAUUACUCUUCUCUAUUUCUUUAUGUCAUUGUGGAACAGAAAAGAACAAAUCUGAAAACUGUAUUUAAAGCACUGAAUAUCAGUCAGUGACAGACAGGAAGUUUUAAAGGAACCUCAGUCUUCCAGAGACUUACCAAGGGACAGAGCCAGCCAAUUCAGUCACGACCUCUUGAAAUUAUCCACUUAAAAGAGCCAUAAUACAGUCCAAUGAUCUUUCCUCUCACUCUUAAUCUCUUAUUAGAUUCUUUUCUGUGUAAAUUGGAAGUCAUUUAUGUCGUUUAGUGUCCACAGAACGGAGAUCAUCAUAUGAGAUGGCAGCUCUUGAAGGCAGAUCCUUGCUGCUUUAUAUGUAAUAUAACAAAUUUAUAGAAGUAUAGCACCUGCUGGCUGCAGUGUUUUACGGUCCAUCACAAGCCUAUUGUACUUGUAUGAUCAUGUAUGAUCCAGACCUGGAUAAGUUGCUAACUGGUUGCUUGUUUCCUUUGUCCUCUACUUUGUUCCACAGUUAGGCCUGCCAUCAGGCACUCUGAGGCAAGGAAUCAUGCAGGCUGUUGAUGGUGGCACAUGUGUUUUUUGACCUGGAGCCAAAGCCGCCAAGUGGCUAGAAUGGUGAGGCAGCCAGCACAGCAACAAUACAUGCCCUUUCAUGUAGACAGGAAGGCUACUGUUUCUGUGCCUUAGUGAUGUGCAUAGCCAAGGAUUUAGCCAGAUCCUCUCCAGUAAGUUGCAGAUCAUUUGCCCAUACUUUGUGACUGUGAUAAAUGUGUACCAGUUAAGUGUCUUGUGUACACACACAUGCACAAAUGCUCUUUGUUCCUAACAGCAGAAAAGGUCUGGAGCAGAGGCUCCCUCUCUGCACUCCUCUUUCUCCGUCCGGGUACUUGCUGCUACAUCUCUCUGCAAUGUGCUGCUACUGUGCAGCAGCUGUCCUCCAUGCAAAAGUGCUGCAUUCGCUGUUUCUUAGUGGUCAGGCAAGCCUGCUCACUAAACUCCCCAGCAUGUUGCAGAGUCACAGGAAGAAAGGCAGCAGCUUCUCAACUGCUCCCAUAAACAAAUCUUUUGGUUUUGACCACAUUUAUCAAUGCUAUCUCUUGCUGCAACAUUUACUCUUGCUUAAUUUGUAUCUCCCCCCCUUGCUGCUCUUUUUUAUCUUUACACAUACAGUUCAGUUUCUGGACAGUUUUCAGCUGCCAUUCCUGCUCUAAUCAGGCAGCUAAUAAUCAUGAUUAUUUUAUGACUACAGAGAGCCCCAGACACUUAGCUCACAUGCACAGCAAGUCAGCAGAUUCUGCAAUGCUGCACAUCCACAGAACAGCUGCUCACUGAGGUGCAGCAGGCCUCCUUCAGAUUGAGGGCCUAUGCUUUAAGAUGGCACUGGCACUACUGCAAAAUGGAUGUCCUGCAAGUCCUGAGACUGAACACAGCUUCUGUGCAUACACCAUUUAUUGGGCCUCUCCAACCAGGAAUUAUUUCAUGGGAACAGAGUAAGCCCUUCACCACCCGUUACAGCAACAUUAAACUUUGUUAAAAUACAACUUUUAGCACAAGCUCCUUGUAUCAUCACUUACCUACUUCACAGAGCUUUCCUGCAAAUAGAAUUUAUUAACAGUGCUGUUUCAGAUAUUACCCCCUUUCUGGACCCCAGCGGGUUUCAGGACUGACAAAUAUACUCUCCUGCCAGAAUCACCCAGUCAUAUUUGUAGCUAACUACUCACGGUCUGCUUUGUAAACCUGCUGUCCCUGGUAGAUUUCCUGGUUCUGUGUGUGACUUCCUUCCAAUAAUGAAUUAAAAUGACUUCAGCAUCUUCUGUUUUCGUCAUGCUGGCAACAGAAAUUUAAAUUUUGACAUUAGAGCUGGGUGACUUUCACAGGAACAUUGACAUAGUCACCUCCCUCUACAUACAGCAGUGACUUCAUUACACAAAUCUAGAGAAUGAGUGUAUUGUCGAGGGAAUGUGAAAGAAAUAACUUUCAGAAAAUAUUUAUUGAAAACAAGUUAAAAAAUUCUAAAACUUUUAUAAGUAGAGUAAGAACUGACUCUAAGAGUCACAUUUAACUGGUAGAGAAGUGAAUGCAAUGAAUUUAGUCAUAACCAGAAAGAAAGCUCCAAAAUAUAUUUUCACAGAAACAAGCUAUGCAGUCAGACCACGAUCAAUUCACAGAAAGUACCGUGCAAAGAAUUUUCACUACCAAAUAUAUUUAAGAAAGGCUUUCAUGGCUUAACCUGUUCUCCCUUGCAUUCACUACUGCCAGCUACCUUCGGCCACAUGUUAAGUUUUAAAAUAAUUUCUCUUGUUUUAAAAUAAUUACUCUUGUGCUUUUUAUGUCUCAGAUGAGGCAGUUCUUUGUUAAGAAACCACAUAAACACCCAGGAAGGUUCCUCACUAUUUUUCAUCAGUGUCUUUGUUAAACUUCUGUGGUGACACCUGUUUAAUAAAAAUGAC